ACUCUGGAGGCAGCUUCGGCGGCGUUAGUCCGCUGCGUGGUGAGGAACCCAGCGGGCCUAGCAAAAGGCUUUUCCUGAUCGUUCACUCCCAUCCACCUUUUGUUGGUGGGAACCAGAUACCUAUAUGUAGCAUCCUCAUAUUUGGGCCUACGAAAUUAUCGGCUACGUGAUUGUUGAUCCCGCCCAGAAGAUUUACUUGGCAAAGAUAUAUAAUACUGUUUGAAAACAAUGGAGACUGAACAGCAAGAGGAGACCUUUACUAACACAGAGACAAAUGGCAAACGCCCAGCUGAGGAUAUAGAAGAGGAACAGGCCUUCAAAAGGUCUAGGAACACUGAUGAGAUGGUGGAAUUGCGCAUUCUGCUUCAGAGUAAAAAUGCUGGAGCAGUAAUUGGCAAAGGUGGCAAAAAUAUAAAAGCACUUCGUACAGACUACAAUGCCAGUGUUUCAGUCCCAGACAGCAGUGGCCCCGAGCGUAUACUGAGUAUAAGUGCAGAUAUUGAAACAAUUGGAGAAAUUUUGAAGAAAAUUAUCCCAACAUUGGAGGAGUACCAGCAUUACAAAGGAAGUGACUUUGACUGUGAAUUGAGACUCUUGAUUCACCAGAGUUUGGCUGGAGGAAUUAUUGGUGUCAAGGGUGCUAAAAUCAAAGAACUCCGAGAGAACACUCAAACCACUAUUAAGCUUUUCCAAGAAUGUUGCCCUCAUUCUUCUGACAGAGUGGUUCUAAUUGGUGGGAAACCUGACAGAGUUGUGGAAUGCAUCAAAAUAAUACUGGAUCUUAUAUCAGAGUCACCAAUAAAAGGACGUGCACAGCCUUAUGACCCCAAUUUUUAUGAUGAAACUUACGACUACGGUGGAUUUACAAUGAUGUUUGAUGACAGAAGAGGGCGUCCUGUGGGAUUUCCAAUGCGGGGCAGAGGGGGCUUUGAUCGAAUGCCUCCUGGCCGUGGUCGUCCUAUGCCUCCACGAAGAGAUUAUGAUGAUAUGAGCCCUCGCAGAGGACCACCUCCACCUCCUCCAGGUCGUGGUGGUAGAGGUGGCAGCAGAGCUCGCAAUCUUCCUCUUCCUCCCCCUCCCCCUCCUAGAGGCGGGGACCUUAUGUCUUAUGAUCGAAGAGGUAGACCUGGGGAUCGCUAUGAUGGAAUGAUGAUGCAGUGUCAUGUCAGUGCUUGUGAUGACAUAGAAACACCAGAAAUGUUUGAGGGUGGAUCAGGAUAUGACUAUUCUUAUGCAGGGGGUCGUGGUUCUUACGGAGAUCUUGGUGGACCCAUCAUUACAACACAAGUAACAAUACCCAAAGAUCUGGCUGGUUCUAUUAUUGGAAAAGGCGGUCAGAGGAUUAAACAGAUACGCCAUGAGUCAGGAGCUUCAAUCAAAAUCGAUGAACCCUUAGAGGGCUCAGAAGAUCGAAUAAUCACUAUUACAGGCACACAGGACCAGAUUCAAAAUGCACAGUAUUUACUGCAAAACAGUGUGAAGCAGUAUGCAGAUGUUGAAGGAUUCUAAUGCAAGAUAUUUUUUCUUUUUUAUAGUGUGAAGCAGUAUUCUGGAAAGUUUUUCUAAGACUAGUGAAGAACUGAAGGAGUCCUGCAUCUUUUUUUUUUUCUUAAAUCUGCUUCUGUUUAAAAAGCCAACAUUCCUCUGCUUCAUAGGUGUUCUGCAUUUGAGGUGUAGUGAAAUUUUUGCUGUCACCAGAUGUAAUGUUUUAGUUCUUUACAUAUAGGUGGGUGGGACUGGGAUGGCUUGCGAAACUAACAUUGGUAUUUUAAAACAGCAGCAGAGAAGGUAGAUUUUAUUUUUAUUUUUUUUUUCCCCCUAUGUUGGUUGUAAACUGUAAUGUUUUCUGUCACUUGUGAACCCAUUGCUUUAUACUUUUUUUUUUUUUUUUGAAGUGGGGUAGGAAUACUGAUAGUCCACUUACCCCAACAUCCAUUCAAUGCAGUGUGCAAAAUGUAAGCGCUCUUUUGUAAAACGUUCUAUGAUUUUAAAAAUAAAUUUAGUGAAACAA